GAUCAGCAUAACUGAGUUUCUCUUCGAACAGAUAGGACCAAGGUUCGGAGAGAUCUUAUAUUCUAAUCGCUGCAUUGUCCAGUAUCCGGAAUUUAUAUGCGAUGAAUGUAUGCAAAUAUUUUAUGAAUGAGUCAUGCAAAUAAUCUUUGAAUGAGUAAUUCUUUUAGUCGUCUGUGAUUAUUUUUCUGUGCUUCCAAGUUUUCAAAGAAAAUAAUUUUUUAUUCCAUUUGGCUGAAAAGAUAGCAGCUGCAUAAAAUAUUCAUUUGGAACUGUGAUUGAAACUGUUACUUUUUCUUUUUAAUUUUGGAUCCAAGCCAGUAUUUUUAGCACCAUGUUCAGAGCAGAUCUGGAAUACGCGCCAAACGAUCUGAAGUCUACGGAAAGCAGCGAAGCUCUGAACGGCGUCCUCGUCGAGAGUAACCGGCAAGCUACCUCCCAGACUCCGCUGUGGCUCUCCCACAUCUCUGCCUCCAGCCGAAGGAGGAGGGAGGUGCUCCUACUCAAGCAGAGGAAAGAGAAGCUGAGGAGGAGGAGGAUGGUGAGAAGGAUGGAGUACCAGAGAUUAAGGAAUAUGGUGCCCUCUAUUGCCGCCAAACCUCUCGUAUCUAAAGUGACUGUCAUAGAAGAGGCUAUUCGUUACAUAGAUUACUUGCACAGCGCCUUAUUGACAAGGUUAAGAACUAAAGGCCUACCCAGUUGUCUAAGAGGGGUUGAUAUCGAUGUAAAUCAUCUGAAUCUGGAAGAUAUCAAGGAACUGGUAUGCCAGUUAGUCCAAAGAAACAACCAGUUAAAGAAGCAGAAAAGAGCUCGCGUUCACCGGCAAGUGGAUAGAGACUCUCCCGUCUCCAUCUUCGAGAGGUCCCGCCUAAUGCCUUCUUACCUGACCGCAAAACGUCCGCUCCCCAAGAGGACGUGAAGAACUUCGUUCCGUCUUAGAACGACUAAAACAAGAUGGAGUUAUCGAAAACUCAUACAACUGAACCGAAUUGUAUAGACCAUUGUAUUGCGGAGGAUGGCUUGACGGCUUUUUAUUCCAGUAUUGCUGUAAAUAAACGUGGCAGAUAACUGUAUAUGGCGGCUUGUUGAAUAGCUGUCUUAUAUUUUUGUAAAGAUGAAGUUGUCGGUAAACUAGAAUGUAAAUAGAGUUUUGUACAUAUUAUAUACAUUUUAUAAAUUUUAUAUUGAUGGGCUGACUGCUUAAUAUCUUGCCCGAUUUAUGUCAGUUUUGAAUAAAAAACAAAGUGUUUGGAUUUAAA